CUGGGGGCCUACCACAUACAGGGCAGGCGGGCAGGAGGGCAGGAGGCAGUUCUGUUAGGUCUUCCUGCUGCAGCCAGCACAGGGUGCUGGUCAUGGAUCCCGCUGGUGGGUGAGGACAGACAGAUAGGGAGGCAUGUUCAGCAGCCUGGGGCCUGGGGCCCUGAGCACCCAGGGCAUGGCGGGACCCCUGCGGGGCCGUGUGGAGGAACUGAAGCGGCCAUGGUGGCGAGAGAGCUCACCACUGGUGCUACAGCACAGUGAGGCGGCCCGGCUGGCGGCCGACGCGCUUCUGGAGCGGGGAGAGGCCGCCUACCUGAAGGUCAUCUCUGAGGAGCGGGAGCUGCCUUUCUUGAGUGCCCUGGAUGUGGACUACAUGAUCAGCUAUGUACGCGGAGGCCCUGAGCUCAGUGAGGACCAGGGGCCAGAGAUCUCAGGACCUGACCAUCUCAGCCUGCUCUCAGAAAUCACCUCUGGCACUUAUUUCCCCAUGGUCUCCGACAUAGACCCCCCAGACCUGGACCUGGGCUGGCCUGAGGUCCCCCAGGCCACAGGCUUCAGCCCCACCCAGGCCGUGGUCCACUUCCAGCGGGACAAAGCCAAGAACAUCAAAGACCUUCUGCGAUUCCUCUUCAGCCAGGCCCGCAAGGUGGUGGCUGUGGUGAUGGAUGUGUUCACCGACAUGGACCUCCUGUGUGACCUCAUGGAGGCCUCAAGCCGCCGCGGUGUCCCUGUCUACCUGCUCCUGGCUCAGGAGCAUCUGAGGCACUUCUUGGAGAUGUGCUACAAGAUGGACCUCAAUGGGGGACACCUUCCGAACAUGCGUGUGCGGAGUACCUGUGGGGACACAUACUGCAGCAAGGCCGGCCGCCGCUUCACUGGGCAGGCCCUGGAGAAGUUUGUCAUCAUUGACUGUGAGCAGGUGGUGGCAGGCAGCUACAGCUUCACCUGGCUUUGUAGCCAGGCCCACACCAGCAUGGUGCUGCAGCUCAGGGGCCGCAUCGUGGAAGACUUUGACCAGGAGUUCCGCUACCUGUAUGCCGAGUCGAGACCUGUGGAGGGCUUCUGUAGUGGUGAGGAGCCCCUGUCUCCCCGGGUUCAGUGCCCUCCUCCUGUAGCUCCAGCCUUCGGACCUGGCAUCCCAAGCCCCACGUCUUCAUCGCCCUCCAACACCAGCCUCAGCAGCAUCAAGUGCUCGCCUCUCAUGGGCCGCUCCUGCUACCUUGCUCUGCCAGGAGGUGGUGGCUGCAGUGACACAGGUGUUGGGUCCUCAUCCCGGGGCCCAGCCUGCCGAGAGGCAAGUGGCCAGCCCUCCCUGCAGCGCCAGCUAUCAGAUCCAAACCAUGGCUCCUCACCAGGCCCCUACAAGGCCAACCUGGGCAAGCUGGGUGCGUCCCCAUGGUCCCAGUCCUCACCAGCCCUCAACCAAAAUAAUGCCAGCCCCUUGGCCCUAGCAGUGGGGUCACCUCUGCUUCCUCACCUGCGCCCCCUCUUGUCCUUCCCCCGGGGUAUCCCAGUCUUGUCCCGUCUCCCAGAGAACGGGGUUCCUGGAAUCCAGGAGUGUAGCCCUUCACGAGGUCGGUGGGUACCCGGCACAGCCCUGGAGACAGUGGAGGAGAAGAAGGUGCCUCUGAGUCAGAGCCAUGGCCAGUUAGAUCUCCUUGUCCCCUUUCCCAGGGCCCGAGAUGUAGGAGGCUUUGAUUCCGGGGCUACCUCCAACUCAGGUUCCCUUGGGGCUGGUGAACAGGCCCCUGAGGAUAAGAGGUUAUCCCCAGGUCAGAGAUACAGUCAGCUGGAUCUGCUACCCCAGGCCCAGAAUUCUGGGGGUGCCUCUGAGCCAGGUUCCUCCAGGCCUGGAAACCAGACCCCAGAAGACAAGAGGCUGUCCCCAAACCAUAGCCAUGGGCAGUUGGACCUCUUGGUACAGUACCCCAAAAUUGGGGGCUCCAGAGUGCUCCCUGAAGGCAACUCCUCAGCUAGGGCUAGCAAGCAGACUCCAGAUGAGCGACGGCAGACCCUGGGCCACAGCCAACUAGACCUCAUCACAAAGUUUGGCCCCUUCCGAGGUGAAGGGCCAGGACCCAACGCUCUCCCUAGGCCCAGCCCUGUUCGCAAGGCUGGAGUGGGUUCCGGGGAGGAGAAGCGGCUGACUCUGGGCCACAGCAAGCUGGACCUCAUCACCAAGUACCACCAGCUACAGGGUGCCAGGCAGGGAACUGAACCUGGCCUCCCUGCAAGCCCCACAGGUGGCCAUCACAACAGUGGUGGUAUGUUUGGGGAUGAGAAACGGCUGACCCUGGGACACAGCAAACUGGACCUCAUCACUAAGUACAACAAGUCCAAGUUCAAGUUGCUUCGAAGUCGCUUUGAGUCCUAGCCCUUCUCCCAGCAGGCACAUGUCCUUCCUCCACCCACAGAGAUGCUAGACUUAUUUGCGUCUUGGACUGUAGGGUGGAGGCCCAGGCAAGGUCAACAUGAGGCAGAGAGGGUGUUUAGAAACCUGGAUUAGACACUGCCUCUGCUCAGGAUUCUUGCCUACACACACACACACACACACACACACACACACACACACACUGUAAUUACCGUUAUUGAGCAUUUGUCAUUUGCCACUGUUUUGGGCACUUCACACUACCUCCUCAUCUUUCAUCUUCACAGAAUAUUGAAAAAUAGACUCAAGUAGGAAUAUCAUCCUAUAGUCAUAGGAUUCUUUUUUAAUGUGGAAACUGAGGCCCAAAAGGGUCUGGAGGACUUGCUUGGAAUCAUGUCCAAGUAAGUGGCAGGGUAGAGGUUCAAAUCAAUCAGUGUCUCUCUGACUCUUGUGUUUUUGCAAUGACAUGAUGCACAACAGUCACAAUUCAAGUUCCCAUGCACACAAAUUACACAAAUCACAGGUCAUUCUGCAGUUGGUUCCAUGAAUAAAGUAUUGGGCUCUCAAUCAUGAGGUCUUGAGUUUGAUCCUUGGCAUCACAUAUGCUAGAGUGAUGCUCUGGUUCUGUCUCUCUCUUUCUCUCAUUAAUUAAAAAAAUAAACAUAUCACAGAAGUACUCAAAUGCCUUCAUAGUAUACACAGAGCACUGGCAGAAGUCACAACCACAUACUAUACACACAGAUACUUUCAGUCAGCAUACAUAGGUCCAUGAGAUAAACCAAACCACUAGAAUUCUAGUUAUAGGUACUCAUUUGGCUAAAUGAAUGGCUACACAGAACACAUGCAUUCAGUAGAUACUGUAGACCCCCCUCAGGAUCCAGGGACCACAAAUGUGCACAUAACUACACCUGCACACAGGUGUACACAGAUGCCAGCCAAUAUCUACUAAGUCAUAAGGCCUGGUAUUGGGUAUAUGAAUGUCCCACAGCAGUGAUAAGUGAAUUAUAUUCAGUCAGUUAGAGUCAAAGAUUCAAUGCAUAAACCACUGGGUUAUCAAGACAGAGUUGCAUCUGGCUAAAGGCUAACUGGCAGCAGAAAGUAUAAAAGACAAAGAGAGUCAUGGUGACAGUAGAGUGGUGAGAAGAAUUUUUUUGGCCUCCAAGGUUAUCACUGGGGCUUGGUGCCUGCACUACGAAUUCACUUCUCCUGUGAUCAUCUUUUUUUCAUUGUUGUAUUUAUUGCUAUUAUUGUUGUUGCUGCUGCUGUUGUUGGAUAGGACAGAGAGAAGUUGAGAGGAGAAAGUAAGAUAGAGAGGGGGAAACCCUGGUGGCAGUCAGUCUGUCACCUCUAGAGGGGUGGUAUGAGCUAGCUCUCAGUGCUGUAAUGCUUGGGAGUCAGGCAGUAGCACAGCAGGUUAAGCGCAUGUGGCGCAAAGUGCAAGCCGGUUUGAGCCCCCGGGUCCCCACCUGCAGGGGAGUCGCUUCACAGGUGGUGAAGCAGGUCUGCAGGUGUCUAUCUUUCUCUCCCCCUCUCUGUCUUCUCCUCCUUUCUCCAUUUCUCUCUGUCCUAUCCAACAACGACGACAUCAAUAACAACAAUAAUUACAACAACAAUAAAAAACAAGGGCAACAAAAGGGAAAAUAAAUAAAUAUUUAAAAAAAGAUAGAGGGGGGAGAGAAAGAUAGACAGACACCCGUAGAUCUGCUUCAAUGCUUGUGAAGCGCCCCCCUGCAGGUGGGGAGUCAGGGACUCGACCCUGGAUCCCUGUACCAGUCCAUGUGCUUCACACUAUGUGCACUUAACCUGGUGCGUUACCACCUGGCCCCCAAGAAGAGUUUUUUUUUUUGGCCUCCAGGGUUAUUGCUGGGGCUCAGUGCCUGAAUCCACUACUCUUGGAAGUUAUUUUUUCCCUUUUGUUGCCCUUGUUGUUUAUCAUUGU